AUGAUGAAGACCUUGUCCAGCGGGAACUGCACGCUCAGCGUGCCCGCCAAGAACUCGUACCGCAUGGUGGUGCUGGGUGCCUCGCGGGUGGGCAAGAGCUCCAUCGUCUCCCGCUUCCUCAACGGCCGCUUCGAGGACCAGUACACGCCUACCAUCGAGGACUUCCACCGGAAGGUCUACAACAUCCGAGGUGACAUGUACCAGCUGGACAUCCUGGACACGUCCGGCAACCACCCCUUCCCUGCCAUGCGCAGGCUGUCCAUCCUCACAGGUGAUGUCUUCAUCCUGGUGUUCAGCCUGGAUAACCGGGAAUCCUUCGACGAGGUCAAGCGCCUCCAAAAGCAGAUCCUGGAGGUCAAAUCCUGCCUGAAGAACAAGACCAAGGAGGCGGCGGAACUGCCCAUGGUCAUCUGUGGCAAUAAGAACGACCACGGGGAGCUGUGUCGGCAGGUGCCCACCACCGAGGCCGAGCUGCUGGUGUCCGGGGACGAGAACUGCGCCUACUUCGAGGUGUCGGCCAAGAAGAACACCAACGUGGACGAGAUGUUCUACGUGCUCUUCAGCAUGGCCAAGCUGCCCCACGAGAUGAGCCCGGCCUUGCACCGCAAGAUCUCCGUGCAGUACGGCGACGCCUUCCACCCUCGGCCCUUCUGCAUGCGCCGCGUCAAGGACAUGGACGCCUACGGCAUGGUCUCACCCUUUGCCCGCCGCCCUAGCGUCAACAGUGACCUCAAGUACAUCAAGGCCAAGGUCCUACGGGAGGGCCAGGCCCGCGAGCGGGACAAAUGCACCAUCCAGUGACCGGGAGGGACUCUGGGGUGGGGCUAGGGCAGUGCCUUCCAGGAGGUGGCCCCAUGUGCCUGCUGUCCAUGUCCCCCCUCAAC